UAGAUCGAGUCGGACCCGCGCGUGCGUCGCUCCUGUCUGCGCGCUAUUUGUAUAAGGAUAAAUGGAUUUUUGUUAAAAAUCGUUUAAGAAAACCUUAAUUAAAAAGACAAUAUGAAGCGAUAGUUUUAACUGUUUGUGAUAAUUAUAUCGUACUGUUUAUUUAAUAUUGUGAUAAUGCGGUGGAUCGUUUUGUGUAUUUUCUUUGUGUCCCUUCACAAGGGAAUUUCUGCAUCCCUUGCCGACCAAAUGGCAGAGAUGACCCAACAAUGCUGUGAGCAGGGGACGGCAUAUGCGAGGUCUCACGGGGGCACUGAUUGCCCGACAUCAGUGCCCCCGAACGUGCCCCCAAUGUUCACCACAGUAUGUACUUACGCUAUGGAACAAUGCUGCAAGGAACAUUAUAAAAAAACGGAAGCGUGUGAUCUUGGAAUAGAUAUAGCAACUAGCAAGAAAGAUUGUAGUUUAUCUAAGGAUUCCUCAAGGAAAUGCUGCGAUGAAUGCUUGAAAGGUUCAGCGGCAGGUAUUGCCCGCGGCGGCUUCGCAUGUGUUACAGACACGAGGGGACAGAGCGGCGACCCGCUGGCAGGAAAUGCAUUUAAUACUUGCUGUCAGAAAUCAGCAAGUCAAUCAAGAACAGAAACAGCAACUCGACCAGGUGAUGCUAUAGUUACGAGGAAACCUUUAGAAGACGACUUGACAUCAGUUUGCGAUAUGUUCGCGCCGAAUGAACUUUGUGCUCACCAUUGCAUACCCAUACCAGGGUCAUACAAAUGUGAAUGUAACCCAGGGUUUAGAUUGAUGGCUGAUAAAAAGAAUUGUAUAGAGGUGGAGAAGAACAGAUGCAAGCCACAUAAUCCAUGCCAACACAAGUGUAACGACAACGGGGUCCAAGUUCUCUGCUCUUGUAGACGAGGUUACCAACUCAUGGCUGAUGGGAAAUCAUGUGAAGAUAUCGAUGAAUGUCUGUUAAAUCCGCCCGUGUGUCUGUCGAACACACAAUGCGUUAACAUACAAGGUUCAUACAAAUGUAUUCUUAAGAAGAUGACGAUAGAGAAGGGUCAGUGCCCGCCUGGCUUCUCUAGGAAUAUGCUUAACAACGCCUGUGAUGAUAUAAAUGAAUGCAAAUUACCACAACCUCCAUGCCCUUCGUAUUUAUGUGAGAAUACAGUAGGAGCUUACAAAUGUGGAGGUAUAAAAGGAGAUCCGGCGAAUUUACCAAAGAAACACGCAGAAGAUCAAUGCCCUCCUGGAUUCAAAAGUAACGGCAGCGAUGAUUGUGAAGAUAUAGACGAAUGUGCAGUUCACAAACACGAUUGUAAUCUAAAAUCACAACUCUGCAUAAAUACGAGAGGUUCUUUUUAUUGUCAAGAUAAAGGUUCUAAGCACUGCCCACCCGGUUUUAAGAUUGAUCAUGUAACUAACAAGUGUGAAGAUAUCAAUGAAUGUGAGGAGAAUGAUGAUAUUUGUAAGCCUAAUCAAAUAUGUGUCAAUUUACCUGGUGAAUAUAAUUGUAAAUCUACGGAUAUAUCGAGUACUGGAAUAAACCCGAAAUGUGCAGAUGGUUUGCGAUACAGCGCCGAGUACCAUGGUUGUGUAGAUAUAGACGAAUGUGCGGAAGGUAUCCAUAUUUGCGACCAGUACCAAACCUGUCACAAUACAUUUGGCGGACAUACUUGUAACUGCAAAAUAGGAUUUGAACUCGACACAACUACAGGGGCUUGUGUUGAUAUAAAUGAAUGUGCUACCGAUCAAAAUGAUUGCAUCGCGCAGUCCCAGCGCUGCGACAAUACUGUGGGGUCUUACCUCUGUGUGAGGUUCAUUUCUUGCGGCACAGGGUACAUACUGCAUCAUUCCUCCAGCAAAUGUGAAGAUAUUGACGAAUGUGCUCUGGGCACUCACAACUGCGCCCGCGCCGGGCCCGAGUACCGCUGCCACAACAUCCCGGGCUCCUUCCGCUGCAUGCGCCGCCCCACCUCCACCUCCACCUCCACCACCACCACCACCACUACCACCUCCACACCGGCUCCGGAGUACGAAUACGAAUACUACGAUUCUGAAGAGGAAAUUGAUGACGUCAAUAAAAACAAUACAAACCCCAGUUCUGAUAAACCAAAACCUGAACAAACUACAUCAACUACAUCGAAACCAACGACCAGCGCAACUAAACCAACCACAGCUAAACCUCCUGAAAUACAGACUUUACAACCAGAUAUUGGUAAUAAUGAAGCAGAAGAAAUACCAAUCGAAAAUACUCAAGAUUUGAAUAAUAACAUUUAUACUAUAGACAACAACAAAAACGGUAUACCUAAACCAUCACAACCUGAAAUCCCAAAAGAUAUACCAACAUCAAGUGAAUCUAUAUACAGAAUUGAAUACACAACGGAACCAUCGAGAAAACCAGAAUCUUUCACCCCAGUGCCUACAGAACCACCUAAGGUUACCGAAGACGAAAUUACCUACAUCCCGAUAGAGGAAAGACCAGCGGGACCAAAAACAGAUAGCACGGAACAACCUGGACCUAAAUAUAAUUUAGAUCCAAUAAAUAAAACACCAGUAGAAGUACCACAUGACAAAUUAGAUCCUAAAGAAAAUGAAAUAGAUACUUACGAUACAGUAACUGAAGGUGCACUUACAUCACCUAAAGUUGUGAUGGUUGAAGUCGGCAAAGAAACAGCAACAGUGAGAGGUGAACAGACUCCUGAUGGUUCUAUAACUGUUGACACUAAAACCAUUCCGACAAAUGAAUGGACGAAAAUUAACGUCAAACCUAUCAACUGUCAAUUUGGUUUCGAAAGUGAUGCAUAUGGUGCUUGUUAUGAUAUUGAUGAGUGUUCAACAAAUCGUCACAUCUGCUCCGGUUUGACGGAAGUUUGUCGGAAUACCAUGGGAGGAUAUGUAUGCGAUUGCGCUGCCGGAUUCCGCAGGGAUUUAACUUCGGGAACCUGCAUAUAUAUUGAUUGGUCAACGUCAUCGACUACAUCUAUGACAACAUCGACAGUUACAAGACCACCCCCUCCUCCACCUCCACCACCUACGUUACCUCCAAUGCCACCUGUAACACCGCCAACAACUACGCCAACAACUGCCCCUCCAACAACUGCACCGCCAACAACUACUCCGACAACAACUACUCCGCCAACAACUGCCCCGACAACAACUAGUCCGCCAACAACUGCCCCGCCAACAACUGCCCCGCCAACAACUAGCCCUCCAACAACUAUUCCGCCAACAACUCCCCCGCCAACAACUCCCCCGCCAACAACUCCCCCGCCAACAUCUCCUCCUACACAAUCAUCUCCGCCAACAACUGAACGAAUUUUCUGGGGCUAUCCGGUAUAUCGACCAUUCCCAACGAGGCCAUUUAAACCGAGAAACAUUUGUGAAAUGGGAUAUCUCUUCAACACAAAUACUGGGACAUGUGAAGAUAUAAACGAGUGUACAAACGGACAAGCGAACUGUGCGGCGGUAGAGAUAUGUGUGAACACAGAAGGUGGUUACCGAUGCGAAUGUCCACCUAACUGGGAACUGGACAGUAGAAGACAGCGUUGUGUUCCAGUAAGGAACAAUCAACAGUUUCCACAAGGAUAUGGGAACGAACCCUCGUAUAAUUCAAACGGUAUACAUUAUGGUACAAAGAGCCGGCCAUCUAAACCAAAAGUUGACGAAGACAGGGUAACUAAGUGUCCAGCGGGAUACGAACUUGGAUAUGACAAUUUAUGUCAAGAUAUUGAUGAAUGUAUGAGUGGCGAGGCGAAGUGCGGGUUUGUGCAGUUGUGUACCAACUUGCCCGGCGGGUACACCUGCAGCUGUCCUGCUGGCUACACGCUGGUGGGAGACCAUGAGUGUGAAGAUGUUGAUGAAUGUGCCGCCGCUGGGAGUAUCCCGGUUUGCUCGCAGAACGCCGACUGUAUCAACACGUUAGGAUCCUUCCAGUGUCGCUGUCAUCCUGGCUUCCGGCCCGCUCCUCGCAAUGAUAAGGUUUGUAUGGACGUGAAUGAGUGCGAGGAGAACAGAGCAGGGACGUUGUGCCAGCAGGGGUGCGUCAACGUAUGGGGUGGUUACCGCUGCUCCUGUCAUCGAGGGUACCGUCUCAGCCAGGAUAACAGUACAUGUGUCGAUGUCGAUGAAUGUGUGGAAUACAAGUCGAGACAUCUCUGCGACGGGAGAUGUCUAAACGAGCCUGGAUCAUAUCGCUGUUCUUGUCCCAAAGGAUACAGAUUAUCUGAAGAUAAAAGAAGUUGUAUUGAUAUUGACGAAUGCGAGAGCGGCGAGGCGCCGUGCGCUCACAGCAGCCCGUACGCCGUGUCCAGCGACAUCUGCGUCAACAUGCGCGGCGGCUACCACUUUUUUAAUUUACAGGUCGAUUUAUUCUCAAUGAAAGGUCCCGUCUGGCCGACAGCAAGAAUGAGGUUUGAACUCAAACUGAUCGAAGUAAACGCUCCACCGACUGUUAAAGAACGCGCUGAUAUCAAUUCCUUUAUGUUACUGCAAAGAGGUAGUAACCAAGGUGUAAUAACUUUGGUGAAAUCUUUAGACGGACCACAGAGUAUAGAACUGGAAUUAUCAAUGCAUCUCUACAAUAGAGGGCAAUUUGCUGGAAUAGCUGUCGCUAAGCUGUACAUAUAUGUAUCCGAAUAUGAGUUCUAAAUGUAUUAUAAUAAGGUUCAUUAUUAAAAUGACUUAAUGGUUUGUUUUAAUAAAAGCAAAAUGCGGUAUUAUUUUUUUUUAUUAAUGGUAUAGUUCGUGUGUUGACUCAAAGAUCAAAUAUAUAGGAAGUAGUUAACACUUCUUACGCUAUUUAUUGAUAACCUCAAAACCCGAUGUCAAUUUAUUGGACAUGUUUUCUAUUGAAAACCUAUCUAAAUGAGAUUUUUUAAAUAUAUUUUUCAUAUAUUUAGUUAUAUUUUUAUGAUUAUUGGUA